GAAGAGUGCCUGACGAGCCCAGCUGACUUACGAUAUUUCAAGUCUGAGAAGACGUCACGAGGGAGUCUUCAGGAGGGCUGGAAGGACACGCAGGAUCCCAUCAUGUGCUCAUACAAACUCCUCACAGUAAAGUUUGAGGUGUGGGGUCUGCAGACACGAGUUGAGCAAUUUGUACACAAGGUGGUUAGGGAUGUGCUGCUGCUGGGACACAGGCAGGCUUUUGCCUGGGUGGAUGAGUGGAUAGAUAUGACUUUGGAUGAUGUGCGGGAUUACGAGAGAAAAAUGCAUGAGAAAACCAACAUUAAAGUUUGCCAUGAACAGCAAGAGCAUUCCACAACAAACGCAUCUUCACUGGAUGACAUAGAGAUCCAUGACAAAGCAAGCGUAUGUGUCUUUUUCAUUGUUUUUUUUACUCCAUUGCUCCUCUUUUCUUAUAUUUAAACUGAUGAUGACUUUCCUCUGAAGGGUUCACAGCUGACUUUACAUGUUCUCAUGGAUCUACUUAUUCUGAGUCAAACUACUCACUCACAAAGCCAAAAAACGAAAUUUAAUUUGAACUAACAGUUGUGAUUCCCAAAAAAAUGGUUCCUAAAAAAUUCAUGUUAUCCAUGUUUUUUUUGUAAAUAUGUGGUUUGUUUUGUGUUUUAGUCUUUUACUGACCAUUUACCAUUUUCUAGGUAUGCCUGUGGCUGUGUUAACACAUUCCAGCUUAAUGUUUCUACAUUUUAUACAAAGGCUUAAAAAUUGUAUCCACCUUUCUGUCACUGGUCUUAAUAAAAAAAAAAAUUCUGAUCCAGACAUGAUGAUGGAUGAGGUGAGAGAGUUUGAGCGCGCCAUCCAGGAGGCCACGAACCAGAAGGUUGGGAUGUUUCCCCCAUCGAUCUCUGUCAGCGAGACACCCCUGUCCUCCUGUGCCCUCACUGGCCCUGCCAGCGCCCCCUCCACACCCAUGUGCACCGAUGCGCCUGAGUCACUCUCUGUCCCCAAGGACCGACCCCGCAAAAAGUCUGCCCCAGAAACCCUGACCCUUCCUGACCCAGCUCCGAGCGACGUCCCCCAGGGCUCAACCUUAAGUCCAUUACCCACUUCAAACCACCUCCAACCAUCCACACUGCCCUCUAAUUCUGAGCUUGCUGAAGUGGAGGACCAGUAGAAGAACUUGGAAUCUCUUUCCCUACCUCUUAUUUUACUUAUUCCCAGUACCUGUUGUCUUAUGUGCCCAAAUGAGACUAGCCUAACCUCCAAACACCAGUGCCCAAGACAGUCAAGUUCCUUAGCCAUAUCCAAUGAAUUGCCAUAAUCCUGGAAAAAACAACAAUCACUCUAGAAGCUGUUAAGGGUUCAGAAAUUGAGG